CUAUUCGCUAUAUAAAAACCAUACCAUAUUGGUGUGUGUUUACAACUUUAGCCCAAUCUAUCACUCUCUUCUGACAAACCCUAGAUCUCUUUGAAGGAGAACCCUAGAUCAUGUCUGGGAUGUACGGACAAGAAGCCGGCGAGGCCGCUCCUCCACCGUAUGGAGCUAGCGGCGGUGCCGGAGGAUAUGAUGGCGGUGGCUAUGGCGGUGGUGGAGGUUAUGGAGCUUCUGGAGCCUAUGCUGGUGGAUAUGGCGGUGGAAACAGUGAUGGUGGUCGUGGAGGUCGCGGAGGAGGAAGAGGUGGUGGAGGUUACAGUGGUGGUGGAGGCGGAGGUGGAGGCGGCGGAGGAUUCGGUGGUCGAGGAGGAGGUGGUGGUAGGUAUCAAGGAGGAGAUCGUGGUGGCCGAGGCAGUGGUGGAGGCGGUGGCAGAGGAGGUGGCCGUGGUGGUAGCGGUCGAGACGGUGAUUGGCUUUGCCCUAAUCCUAGCUGUGGGAAUAUGAACUUUCAAAGAAGAACUGAAUGUAACAAAUGUGGUGCACCCUCUCCGGCUGGUGGCGGUGAUCGUGGUGGUAGUGGUGGUGGUGGUGGUGGUUACAAUAGAGGUGGUGGAGGUGGUGGCGGAUAUGGUGGUAGUCGAGGUGGUAGUUAUGAUGGGGGUAGAGGUGGUGAGUAUAAUGGAGGUAGAGGUGGUAAUAAUGAUGGUAGAGGUGGAAGCGGCAAUAGGGGUGGUUCUUAUGGCAAAGAAGAAGGUGGCUAUGGUCAGGCUCCACCAGCAGCACCACAACCUUAUUAUGGAGGGGCUGGUGGGAAUUAUCCAACGCCACCUUACAACUCAUAUGCUGGAAAUGCUAAUUAUGGAACGGAUGCGGUUCCUCCACCUACAAGCUAUUCUGCUGGGCCUACAUCUUAUCCACCAUCUUAUGGUGGACCCCCUGCAGGAGGUUAUGGUAGUGAGGGUCAGGGUGAUGUAAGGAGUGGCAGUCGGGGUGGCCCACCAAGUGGAUAUGAUGGUGGGCGUGGUGCUGGUGGUCGAGGUGGUUAUGGUGGUGCUUCUGCUGAGGCCCCAGCUAAGAUAAGGCAGUGUGAUGGGAAUUGUGGUGAUACUUGUGACAACUCUAGAAUCUACAUAUCAAAUUUGCCGCCAGAUGUGACAACUGAAGAACUAAGGGAACUUUUUGGAGGCAUUGGACAAGUUGGAAGAAUUAAGCAAAAGCGAGGAUAUAAGGAUCAAUGGCCAUGGAAUAUAAAAAUAUAUACAGAUGAGAUGGGAAACAACAAAGGCGAUGCAGUUUUGUCAUAUGAAGAUCCGUCUGCUGCGCAUUCAGCUGGCGGUUUUUACAAUAAUUAUGAUAUGAGGGGUUUUAAAAUCAAUGUUGCGAUGGCUGAGAUGUCUGCACCAAAGGCUCCCCCUGCCUAUGACCAGCGGGGUGGUGGUCGAGGUGGCUACGGAGGCGGAGACAGGCGCAGGGAUAAUAACAGAGAUGGGUCUGGGCCUGACAGACAUCACUAUGGUGGAAACCGAUCGCGGCCUUACUAAAAGAGAACCUCAGCAUAAAGCCUUUUAUGUAACUAAAAAUUAUGGUCUGAGAGAUUUUAUUAUGUUGCUAUGGCGGGAUACUUGAACUGGAGACUAAGAGGUAGGUUGUUCAUUUACUCUGAGCAAGACCUCUUUUCUCCCUUUCCCUUCGUUCGCCGCUAAUUGGAGGGGUUUUUAUCUUUAGACAUGGGAUUGAUUUUAAUUGUGUGAAUUUUUUAUAGAGGCAAGUGGAUAAUCUCCAAAUUGCUUGCUGCUAAGGUAGGUUCAUAUUUUCAGGUGAGUGCUGCUUUUUCAAAAUUGUGCCAUAAAACUUGACUGGAGUUUGAGCCAAGUGUCAUUUUGUGGAUUUGGUUGCAUCUCUGGCAUGUCUAAUGUGACAUCAAUACAAGCAUGUAAAUGCAUGUCCUGACUACAUAAAUAGGCCAUUUGUAAGGAAUAUUUAUUUGUUGUUUGGGUGGAGCCUAAUUGUGCCACUGUUUCUAGCAGUUUUGCUAAAGGUGGCUUAAGUUUAUGUGGUUCAUUUGUUUCCACUUUGUAAAUAUUUGAUCCACUAUCUUGAAUUGUGGAUGUGUCGAGCAAGUUGAACAAGAAGAGUGGUCACUUGCAUUGGAGGUGAUUAGGUUGGUUUUAAGGUC